CCGCCAAUGGGACAAUAAUCCUGAGAGACAACAAACAGGAGGAGUGGACGAAUGUUUCCACGCCGGAGGAGACUUUUCUGCACCGCCUCAGGAUCCUGAGCCAGUCUGACAGCUGGAACCCCUCUGUUCAAAUGCCUGGUUGACAUUCACCAAUCAGAAAACUGCAUGUGUGAAACUCUAGAAAUCAGCAAUGGAGCCCUGGCCUGCAGUGGCCUGGGUCCUACUGCUGACCAUCAUCGUGGAUCUUCUGAGAAGCACCCACACCAGAGACUUUACUGAACAAGAUAUCAUAUUUCUACACCCGUCAAGUACUCCAUUUCCUGGUGGAUUCAAGUGCUUCACAUGUGAAGAUGCACCAGACAACUUUGAGUGCAAUCGCUGGGCACCAGAUGUGUACUGUCCACGUGAGGCCAAAUACUGCUACACCCACCACACGAUAGAUGUGGAGGGAGCCAGUGUGUCAGUGACCAAACGCUGUGUGGUUCUGGAGGACUGCCUUUCCACAGGAUGCACUGAAAUGAAUCAUGAAGGAAAAAAGGUGUGCACAGCCUGCUGUGAGGGCAACAUCUGUAACUUACCAGUGCCGUGGAAUGAAACAGAUGCCAUCUUUACCACCACCUCAGCCCUGAGCAGCACUGAGGGACUGUCACCAGGCCACACACUGACUUUUUCACUCAUCAUCAUCCUCAUCUCAAGUGGUGUUUGAAGAGUGAAGACACAGUCAAGUCCCCUGAGGUCUACAUGCAGUAUAUAAAACACAUUCUCAAAAGAAUGAGCAGUUACCACAGCAUAAUGUAUAAACUUUAAAACAUGACAUUAUUUAAUAAUGUUAUAUCACUGUGUUCACCACAAGCUAAAUACGUUUCACAUGAGUAUAGAGAAUUUGGCAGCUUCAACCUACAAAGAAUAAUUGUUUGGUUCUGAUUUAGAAUCACUUUUGCUUUAUCUUCCCAUAAUGCAUUAUACUACUAUAGAGUAACAACACAAAGUAAGAAGUAAUCACAAGAGUAAAACAGUAGUUAAAAGCAAACUAAUCAGCCCAUCUGAGAGCAGCUUAUUUUGUCUGGCAUCUUCCUAUACAUUCAUGUCACUUAACAUAACUUUUAUGGGCUGGACAUAAAAGGCUGGAAGUACUGAUGUGGCUGACUGUGCAACGGCACAUGCAAUAUGAAAAGUGCUCAACUAAAAGGCUCAUUGUGAUGAGAAUUAUUCUCCAACUCAGCAGUUCCCCUCAACUCUUCAGAACAUUUUUUGCAUCUUAGCUUGGUUUUGGUUUUGUGGUACAUUAUCUGUGGUUCUAAUUUCAGUCUCCUUAACUCUUCAGCAUCAUUCCCAGCAGCAGCAGGCAGCUGUUCAAGUAAAA